AAGGCUUGGCUUGUUGUUAAGUGAAAGUAAAAGUAAAAACCUGUGAAAUGCGCUGACACAUUGCCUGACAAGGAUUUAGUUGAGGACUUUUCAUUUUUAGUCCGAAUCCUCCCUCCAUUUCAUCAUCAUCAUCUCUUCAGUUCGCACAGGAUCAGAAGAUGAUGCCCAGUCUGAAGUCCUGUGAGCAGCAGACUGGAGGAGGCUUCUGCUUUGAGAACAGCCGCAGGAAUGCAGUGUUGGAGUCCAGUUUGUCAGAGUUUGGCUACAAAGCUCCCAGUGCAAGAAAGACCGGGACCACCAUUGCUGGGAUUGUUUACAAGGAUGGCGUGGUCCUGGGAGCAGACACCAGGGCUACAGACGACAUGGUGGUGGCUGAUAAAAACUGCAUGAAGAUUCACUACAUCGCUCCGAGGAUCUACUGCUGUGGGGCCGGCGUGGCUGCAGACGCAGAGAUAACCACCCAGAUCAUGGCGUCUAACGUGGAACUGCACAUGCUCAACACCGGGCGACCCCCGCUUGUCACCAUGGUAACCCGGCAGCUGAAACAGAUGCUGUUCAGGUACCAGGGUCAUGUCGGUUCAUCCCUAAUCGUUGGAGGAGUUGACGUGAAUGGAGCUCACCUGUACAGUGUUUACCCACAUGGCUCCUAUGACAAACUGCCUUUCGUCACCAUGGGCUCUGGAGCUUCAGCUGCUAUCUCUGUAUUUGAGGACCGAUUCAAACCCAACAUGGAGCUAGAAGAAGCGAAGCAGCUUGUCCACGACGCCAUCGCCGCAGGGAUUUUCUGUGACCUGGGUUCAGGCAGCAAUGUGGACCUGUGUGUUAUCACCGAGGCCGGAGUGGAGUACCUGCGCGGCUACGACAAGCCCACCAUGAAGGGCAAAAAAGCGGGACAGUACAGGUAUAAGCCUGGCACAACGGCUGUCCUCACGAAAACGGUGACCCCGCUCCCUCUGGAUGUGGUCGAUGAAUCUGUUCACAUCAUGGACACUGCAUAAAAUGCAAUUAAAUGCUUCUGAUGUAAUGAAACCCAUUCAUUGUGAUAAAUCAGUGUACCAAAUAAAAAUUUACACGGUGCGUUGCAUGGAUU